AUGAUUCUUUUGAAUCGCGAACCUGGCAAGAAUGCUCUGCGUAGAAUAGUUGGCCUAAUGUUGCAGCAGCCUUUCAUAAGAAGGCACACUGGAUCUCCUCAACUCCAGCUCUAUCAAAAUUUCAGACCAUUCGUGCUGGCAAUUUCCAUUUGCUCUCUCGAGAAAUCACUUACUACAAAUCUCAUCUACAAUAUGAGAAUUGCACCCUUCGUUAUUGCCGUUUGCGCCUUCGUGGCAAACGUUGACGCCUCUUACUAUUAUACCGUCUUCACAAGCAUAUCGAGUGGACUGAACGUCACACUCAACGGCACCACAAAGGGCAUCGAGUUCGGUCCAGGCAGUCCCUGUCGCUAUUGGACCCGUUAUGAAGUAGCCCCCGAGAUCAACGACUGGAGCUAUUAUAGCAUCCGUGCCAGGGAUGGACAAAUAUACUUUCGCUAUCCCGAAUACCGGCCUCGAGCAAUCGCACAAGCUGCCUCGACGCCAUCCCUAUUCCGAAUUGAGGUUGACGGAGAAGGAUCCUAUGUCGUUGCCCUAGAGUCCGAAACUGGCGAAAAACUUGCUUGGACUGCGGAGAGAAGCACGACCGCUCCCAACCGGAAUAUGGUCGUCAGUUUGCAGCCGUAUAAACGCAGCAGAGCCCAACGCUUCAAGAUUGCCGAGGAGUAUGUUGACCCGGACGAUUGCUAG